AUGUUCAACCUUACAGUUCUCUCAGCAUGGAUCGGGAACGCGACUGCGGUUGCUCUUCAACCUCCAACAAACAUCACAUUGUACGAGUCUCUGCCUGAUGCCAACCGAUACAUUGUGAGCAUUGCCAACGCUAUCUCGCUCGGGCUUUGGGCCGCAUACAUGACCGCGUCGAGCGCCCUCCGAUCGUCCGCUGGAUCCGAUUUUUACUUCCUCCUACCUGACCACUUGAAGCGUCCCUACUUCCGUUUCUCCUACUCGGCUUUCCCCCUCGUCUCAUGGCGCUUGUUCUCUUUGCUCCGUCCAUCUGGCGAUGGUAUAUCUUGGCAUGAAAGAAAGCCACGACCGGUCCAAAGCCUCGAUUCGUUAUUCAUCGACGACAAAGACGAGUUGGUGGCCGACUGUCUCCGCUUUUUCGAACCUUCCUCCCAGGCACGUCGUACCGGCCGCGGCAAGUUACCUUAUAUGGGCAUGCUACUUUACGGACGCCCGGGAACGGGAAAGUCGUCUUUUGCUCUUGCUGUAGCUCAGCACUUAGGUGUGCCCAUCUAUCGCCCCGGAAGUCUCUCUACAUACGACGACCAGACCUUUCGCAGCCUCAUGAGUGCUAUUCAACAAAAAUGUGUCAUUCUCCUGGAAGACAUCGAUACGGCUGAUGUCACUCGCUCACGGAACGAGGCGAAUAAAUCGGGUUCCAAAGUCGAUAAAGCUUGCCUGGGUACCAUACUUGAAGAGUUGGAUUCACUCAACGUGGAAGGAGGAGCCAUGGUUAUGAUGACAACAAACCACAUGGAAAAACUCGACCCUGCAUUGAUACGCGCUGGGAGAGUCCAUCGUCGUGUCGAAUUCCAGUUGGCAUCCAGGGAGACAGCUGCAGCCUUGUUCCGAAACGAGUUCAAGGAUGAAAUGGCAGAGCACGAUCUUGAUCAGGCCGCGAAAAAGUUCGCUGCACAGAUACCUGAUCGGAGAUUCUCUCCUGCACAGAUCGAUGAGUUCCUUCACGGCAAGGAGAAAGACCUCGAAGGGGCUCUCGAAGGCGUGUCUGGUUGGGUCAAGUCCACUGAGGCGGCUGAUCUGCAGGACAGCGUGGUGGGGUCGCCGUCAGAGAGCGAUGGGCCGUAG